GGAUUGAAAAGCAUCGUUAAUGCUGUUUUCCAGUCCAUUCAUAUGUUAAUAACUGUACUCUCUUUAACGCUGUUCUUCUUAUGUGGUGUGGCGCUAUUGGGCGUACAGUUAUUCAUGGGAGUAUUAACAAGAAAGUGUUGCUUAACGUAUAAUGCAUCAAAUUACAAUGGUAGCUAUGCAUCAUUCAACCAGUUUGUGACCAAUACGAGUAAUUGGCUUUAUAUUGAUGGUGAAACAAAAGUAUGUGGUAAUACUUCCGAUAAUUAUUUGUGUCCAAGCGGCUAUUCCUGCUAUGAAGGAUUAUUUCCUAAUCCCGGCCGUGGCUUACUCAGUUUCGAUAACUUUCCUCUAUCGUUAUAUGUAAACUUACAAAUCGUGACGCAAGAUCAAUGGGAUACAGAUUAUCAAACCGUUCUUAGAGCUACAAGUAUAUGGUACUUCCCUUAUUUUUUAGCUAUCAUCUUCCUUGGGAGCGAUUAUUUAUUAAAUUUAAUAUUAGCUGUUGUAUCAAUGGCUUAUAGUAAACAGCAAAAACUUGUAAAAGAACAGGUAUGA